GCAACCAUGACCGGCCCUAUUAGUAUCGGUUCUGAAUCGGAGUGGAGCAGCCUCCUCUCCGGCACAAAUGUUGUCAUCGCAGAUUUCUACGCCGACUGGUGCGGUCCCUGCAAGAUGAUCGCGCCGACCUUUGACAGCCUCGCCAAGGAACACUCGUCCCCUCGAAAGGUGGCCUUCGCCAAGGUCAACGUCGACAGCCAGGCCGGCAUCGCGCGAUCCAACGGCGUCUCAGCCAUGCCCACCUUCAAGAUCUUCCACAACGGCACCUGCAUCGAGACCAUUCGAGGUGCCAACCCCCCAGCGCUGACGGCGGCCAUCAACAAUGCUGUCAAGCUCGGUGGCGCGACCAAGCCUGGCGACGCAUUCAAGACACCCGGCCGGACGCUGGGCGGAGAAACAAAGUCGGCCUCGCUGGCCAGGCAAUGGAGCUUGAAGGCGCUUAUGGAUAUGUUUGUGACAUUUUUCGGACUGUAUUUUGUGUCCCUGUUCUCGUUCGAUUCAUACAAGGCGGCCGAGAAGAGCGUGUUCAACAUUUACCGUCAACCCACAGUCCAGACUUCCAGUGGAGGGACAGUGGGCGGAGCAUCGAGGCCUGGUCCUCCAAGAUUUUUGCGACAAGAAGCGGCGGCCCCGCGCGCAUCGCCUGAAGAGAUUGAGCAGGUUGUCCGAGAUGCCAAGCAGCGAUUCAGAGAUACCCUGCCAAAGGGAUAUCUCAAUGACGAAGAAUACGCCCUCUACGAACGAUUGUACGGUGCACCCUUGCGAGAGACCAGGCCUGAGGAUGUUGGUAUCCCAGAGCAUGCCGACAUGGGGCCCGAGCCCCCACGACCGGAUAAUGAGGGUACUAUACUACGGGAGGUUGAGGGAGGCGAAUUCGAGGAGAUCGUCUACCAGAUUCCCCGUGAGGAGGCAGCGGAAGACGAGAUAGUGGAAGAGUCUGACGAAGUGCUGCCGCAAUCCGAGCUGGCAGACUUAGCUAUGGAAGAGUCACUACAUCAACCCCCGGGAUAUGUCGAACUAGUGGCAAGGACUCAACGAGAGUACGAUGCGAUGCAAAAAUUGGCCAAGGAUUUUGAGGAGACACGGCGACAGCAGCAAGAGGCAGAGGAUCAAGUGGCGGCAGAGGAGGAGGAGCUCGCAGAGCGUCUGGCGGAGGCCGAGGAGACGCCUCAGUGGCCGGAGGAACAAUGGAGGGAGAGAGUGUCUGGCGAGACUCUGCGAUUUCACCCUCUUUCCAUUGAGGGUCGAUUCCAUGGCAGUCCCGUUGAGAUUUCCCUGCCGCGGGACGAGCUGAUCAUGCCAAUCCGAGACCUUUUGCAGCGAACACACAUUGACCAUGUCAAGAGUGCAGCUGAAGAUGCAUUUGGUGGUGCUGGUCUUCCUUUAUCUCCUGCGACGCCCGAAGGCAAGAGGAAUGGCGGGCAGAGAGCUGCUGGCGUUCACGCAGAUUCCCGACACAUGACCGAGAUUGAGGCGGACGCUUUCAUUGCAGGUUUCUUACCACCUGCCUAUGCCUCCGUUAUGGCUACACUACGAGAGGUCCGGAAGCGAGUUGGAAGUGAGUGGCUACAGUCCAAGCUCAAGGACGGUACCGGUCUCAGCGUUCUCGAUGCGGGAUCCGGUGGUGCUGGCUUGAUCGCUUGGGAUGAGAUUGUGCGAGCAGAGUGGGAUUUGCUGAAGGAGAAUGGCCAAGUCAAAGGACUUGACCCUCCUGGCAAGCGAACAGUUGUGGUUGGAUCAGAUCGUCUACGACAUCGCGCCAAGACCUUCCUCCACAACACCACAUUUCUUCCUCGACUGCCUGAUUAUGAACAUUCAGGAGAGAUGCGUGGCCAGCAUCUGGAUGCAGGAGACAAGCCGCAGGCUCGAAAGAGCUACGAUGUCAUCAUUGCGUCUCACCUCUUCCUCAAGGAGCAGCAAGAUCACUACCGACAAGCCAUCCUCAACAACCUCUGGAGUUUGCUGAAGAAGGACGGGGGUGUCCUUAUUGUUCUGGAAAAGGCUCACCCUCGCGGUUUCGAGGCUGUGGCUCAUGUUCGUGAUACAGUUCUGAAGCAGUUCCUGCUCCCUCAGUCGGGACAGUCUGAGGUUUCCCCUGAGGACUUCAACCCGGCCUAUCAACGCGAGAAGGAGGCUGGACAUGUCAUUGCUCCUUGCACCAACCAAGGAGUGUGUCCCAUGUACCAGGCCACUGGCAAGAGUACUGGCCGAAAGGAUUUCUGCCACUUUAACCAGCGAUUCGUGCGACCUACCUUUUACACUCGCAUGCUUGGAAACAGCCAGGACAACCAGGGCGAGGUCGAGUUCAGCUAUGUGGCUCUCAGACGUGGUGUAGCCAAGGAGAGCCCCUGGACUGGCAAGCAGGCGACGGAGGAGGCUUUCAAGGGAUACGAACACUCAGAGACAAAGCCCGAUAUGCAGACGCUACCUCGAACGAUCUUACCUCCCCUGAAGCGCAAGGGUCACGUCACCCUGGACUUGUGUACCCCCGAAGGCAAGCUUGAGAGAUGGACGGUGCCCAAGAGCUUCGGCAAGGUGGCAUACCACGAUGCCCGCAAGGCACGAUGGGGUGAUCUCUGGGCGCUCGGAGCCAAGACGCGAGUUCUCCGACAGGUCCGGGCGGGUAAAGGACACGACGACGGCGGCAAGCGAGCAGGAGAGGGCAAGAAGCCCAGAAAGGUUGAGAUUGUUAUGGGCCCCGGGGGCAUCAGCGCGAGCGAGAAGAACGCACCCCGGGAGCGUCGCAGCAAGAACAAGCAGGACAAGAAGAGCCGACUGAUCCAGGAGAUCCUAGAGGCGGAGGAGGAAGAGGAGAAGAUGAUUGCCAAGCAGAUGGACGAGGAGGUUGAGGCUGAGCUGGAGGAGGACAGCAGGAAGGGGCGUUGA